AUAAAAAGUGUUACGACUCAGCUAACGAUGAGGCUACGUUUACCAAGUUAGAUAAAAGCAUACAUUCCAUCAAAGUACAGACUUGCAUAUCCUGCGUGAUGAAAUCCAGAUUAUUUUGGAUAUUUGCAAUUAUAUACUCAGCGCUACACCACAUUGGAUCCACCUCGACGACACUGAAGCGACCGAGAGCUGGCGAUCCUUUUGAUACAUUUCCGAAAAACUUCUGGCAAGAGUUCUCAUCACCAUUUACAGACACACCGGAAGAUGAAGAGCUUGAGGUUACGGAGACCACCACUCACGAGCCAUUCCCAUUUUUUGCAGACCCCUACACUACAGUCAAUAUAAGCACUCAGUUAUCUUCGAAUGUUUAUCUUCAUUGUCGUGUCAAUGACUUGCAGGGGAAAACCGUCUCUUGGAUGCGACGUAAAGGGGAUGAACUGACGCUCAUUACCUUUGGACAGCACACAUAUAGCGGAGACUCGCGAUAUUCUUUGGAAUUUGAAGAGCCAAAUGAUUGGAAACUUUUGAUACAGUUCGCCAAUGAGCGCGACGAGGGUCCCUAUGAAUGUCAAGUAUCUUCACAUCCACCAUUGGUACUAUUAGUAUACUUAACUAUAAUUGUUCCUCAUGUGGAAAUUCUCGAUGAAAGAGGAUCCGCCACUCCAGAAAAAUAUUACAAGGCUGGUAGCACCAUUGAGCUGCAGUGCGUCAUUUCGAAAAUCCCUCAUCCCUCAACGUACAUCACGUGGCGCCACGGCGCCCGUUUGCUUAACUAUGACACUAGCCGUGGUGGAAUAAGUGUUAAAACGGACAUGCUGCCCGGACGAGCGUUAAGUCGACUUUACAUAGCCAAUGCGAAUCGACAGGACACCGGAAAUUACACCUGCAUGCUAGGAAAUGAAAUUACAGAGACUGUUGUAGUCCACGUACUCAAUGGUGAAGAGCCGGCUGCAAUGCAGCAUGCGAAUGGGACGCGGUAUAUACCCAGUCCCCUAACUAUGGUUGUGUUUUUUAUAGUAUGUGCGAGAGUCUCACUCUUUCAGCGAUGACAACAUUGUGGAUUGUGGAUAAUGGAACACAAGACAACACACCAAUGCUGUUAGCACUUCAAAUCUAGAUGAAUUAUAGGAAAUGCAAAAACCAAAUCUUGUCCAGGAUUGCAUUUUCAACUUUUACUCUAAUCAUGGGUUGUUUAAAAUACAUAGCAUAAAUUAAUAGUAAAAUUAAGUCAAAGAAAACGUAUUUAAAUAUAGCAGAAUAACAAACAAACAAAAAAAAAAGAGAAAAACAAAACAAAUGCAAAUUCGUAAAUAAGGGCGUACGCAAGCAUUCCGAAACGAAUUGGCAAUUUUACUAUACAUACAUAAAUGUAUGCAUACAAUUCAUACAUACAUUAAUAGAUAUAGUA